UUUCUUUGUCUUGUCCAAUUUUGUUUACAAGUUUAUUUAGAGUUAUUUUUACCAUUUAUUACAUUUCUUGAUUUUUACGUAUGCAUUCUGUUAUUUUAUUAUUCAUUUUUCCACAUUAUAUUUACAUGAACUUUAUACAUAUUUGAUUUUUAUUAUUGUGAUUUACUCAAUAUAUAUUUCAAUUUUAUUUUUACCUAGUUAUUUUUUGUGUUUUAAUGUUUAUGUAUUUUUUUUUUUUUGAAUUAUUUUUAUGCAAUUAACUUUGUUUUUUUUUUCUCUCUUCCAGCGUCAAAGAGCCCGGCAACAUGACUUUCGUGAAAGACACGGUGGACAAACUUUUAAAGGGCUACGACAUCCGACUCAGGCCGGACUUUGGAGGUGCCCCCGUGGCCGUCGGCAUGAGCAUCGACGUGGCGAGCAUCGACAUGGUGUCCGAGGUCAACAUGGACUACACCCUGACCAUGUACUUCCAGCAGUACUGGCGGGACAAGAGGCUGGCCUACUUGGGCAUCCCGCUCAACCUCACCCUGGACAACCGGGUGGCGGACCAGCUGUGGGUGCCCGACACCUACUUCCUGAACGACAAGAAGUCCUUUGUGCACGGCGUCACCGUGAAGAACCGCAUGAUCCGGCUGCACCCGGACGGCACCGUCCUCUACGGACUCAGAAUCACGACGACGGCCGCCUGCAUGAUGGACCUGAGGCGGUACCCGCUGGAUGAGCAGAACUGCACUCUGGAGAUUGAGAGCUACGGCUACACGACGGACGACAUCGAGUUCUACUGGAAAGGGGGCGACACGGCCGUGACGGGCGUGACGCGCAUCGAGCUGCCGCAGUUCUCCAUCGUGGACUACAAGCUGGUCUCCAGGAACGUGGUCUUCUCCACAGGUGCCUACCCUCGACUGUCUCUGAGCUUCAAGCUGAAGAGGAACAUCGGCUACUUCAUCCUGCAGACGUACAUGCCCUCCAUCCUGAUCACCAUCCUGUCCUGGGUCUCCUUCUGGAUCAACUACGACGCCUCGGCCGCCAGAGUGGCUUUGGGCAUCACCACCGUGCUGACCAUGACCACCAUCAACACGCACCUGCGGGAGACGCUGCCCAAGAUCCCGUACGUGAAGGCCAUCGACAUGUACCUGAUGGGCUGCUUCGUCUUCGUCUUCCUGGCCUUGCUGGAGUACGCCUUCGUCAACUACAUCUUCUUCGGGCGGGGGCCGCGGAUGCAGAAGAAGCUGGCCGAGCGGGCGCAGAAGGCCAACAACGACCGCGCCGCUUUGGACCGCCCCAAGGCCGACUCUCAGGGGAACAUCCUGCUGACCACCUUGGAAAUCCACAACGAGGUGGGCGGCCACGCGGUCACCAGCACCGCCCUCAGCAGCAGCAGCAGCAACGCCAGCAGCAGCUUGUACGACGCCACGCGCAACUCCACCCCGGCCCCGCUGGACAACUCCUCGGCGGUCCACUACAGACGCGGCAGCGGGCGGGCGGCUCGCCGGACUCCGGGCCCGGACGGACCGAGGAGCCGCCUGAGGCGGCGAUCGUCGCAGCUGAAGAUCAAAAUCCCCGACCUGACGGACGUGAACGCCAUCGACCGCUGGUCUCGCUUCAUCUUCCCGUUCUCCUUCUCCUUUUUCAACGUCGUCUACUGGCUCUACUACGUUAAUUAAUGUGCGUGUGUGUGUCUCGUUUGACCUCUGACACGGGUCACGAGGUCGUGGACACGCGGCCAUUGAUGUCACGGCAUGGUCGCCGGGUCAUCCAGUCGUGAUGAUGUGCCACAAUGUACAGUGGAACCGCUAAGGUCAAGUGCUGUUUUUAAGCCAUUUCUCCCGUUGGAAAUAAUCCGAGGCCCCACAACCAGUCCUGGGUGUAUCCCACGUCUAUUGCCAAAAUAUCAUCACGUGUGUUAACAGUUGUUCUCACAAUUUCUGGCGACCAAUCCACAGCGCAUCUCCGCUUCUCACACAAAAAAAAUCAUCUCGGGGUGAGUGUGAACGGUUGGUCCUCCAUGCACAUGACACUGCCUGGCGACCAAUCUGGGGCGUACUCCGCUCCUCUCGCCAAAAGCCAUCAUGGGUUUCAUGAAAGUCUGUGUCCAACUGGUUGUUUCCAGGGUUAAUCCCACUUUGUUCGCCCCCCCCAAAAAAUCACCUGAGAUUAUUUUAGAAGUAAAUUGUACAAGAGUUUGGUGUCAAUGGAUGUUUACCUGUCCCCAAAGAAUUCCCGGUGACCAGUCCAGGGUGUAGCCCGCUUUCUUUCACCGAAUGUCAUCUUAGGUUAAUGCUUGCGUGUAUUUUGCGAAGGGUCAAUCGAUGUUAGUGGUUCCACUGCCUUAUCCGACGUUUGAAACGAGCACAGAUGCUACUCAAAAGUUAGCACGCACGCUAAGCUAAAUUUGGCUUUUGUUUCGGGUUGUUUUUUUUUUUUUUUUUUCCCCAGGUGUGACACCAAUUUGACCGAUGCGGACUUUUCAUUGCUUUGAUUUUUUUGUUGAAUUUAUAAAAACAGAUACAUUCCAGUUCUCGUGCGUGUGCGCGUGUGGUGUUCUUGUCUGGAGCGCGCUCGCCAUCUGCGACUGGCAGCGUGGGAGGAAGCGUGGACGCCACCUGUCACGACGUCGUGGAGCCGUCACGUGGCGACA